AGAGGGAAUUUUUUCUCUAUUGCAACCAGGUGCGUUGAAAUCUGCACAACAACGGAAAUUGAUCUCUGUCCACACCUACUGAAGUUAGACUUUUGUGGAUUCUUUUGUUUUAUUUCUAGGUAUAACCACGUUCGUUCUGUCAAGAAUUAUUAUUUUAACGAUAAUACUAACAAUCGUUAAUAAAACAUGUCAACUUACGGACAACUGUGUAUUUGGAUUGCGAUUUUAACCAUUCUGUCAACAUGUUUUGAUGAUGGAGUUAAUGCCUCUCCAUUUAAAAAUCAUGGAGACAGAAGCUCUUAUGAAAAUAGUGCUUAUAAUAAUGGACCUUCAUCUUCUCAAGGAAGAGGAAGUUACAGUAAUUAUAACAGAGAAACUGAUGUUCACACAUAUAAUAAUAAACAAGGUGGAUUUAAUGGCGGUUUUAUCUAUCCUGCUAAGGACUCCAAUCGAGGUGAUAGAAGUUCACAAUACGACUCAGGACGUAUGUCAGUAGAUAGUUCACGAUACGGCUCAGGACGUAUGUCAGUAGAUAGUUCACGAUACGGCUCAGGACGUAUGUCAGUAGAUAGUUCACAAUACGGCUCAGGACGUAUGUCAGUAGAUAGUUCACGAUACGGCUCAGGACGUAUGUCAGUAGAUAGUUCACAAUCCGGCUCAGGACGUAUGUCAGUAGAUUCUUCCAACUCACGCCAAUGGGGCUAAUAUGAUUUUGUACAUCGAGGAAUCGUAUUGUAUUUCUGAAGGAAAAUAAAAGCUUCACUAUAUUCAAA